AUGGUAUGGCAAGAAAAGUGCCAAUUAUUAAUUGCUAUAAUUAAUAUGGUUGAAUGUGGAUUUAGAAAAUGUGAUCAGUAUUGGCCUGAAGAAAUUGGGGAAAAAAUUUUGAUAGAAAAUUUUUGUAUAAAAUUAGUGGCUGAACGUUCAAAUUCUGUUUUUACUCACAGAGUUUUGGAAAUUAAAAAUAAUUUGAUAGAAAAUGGAGAAGAAGAAAAUAUUAGAACAAUACAUCAAUUACAUUUUAUGGACUGGCCGGACAAAGGAGUCCCUUCAACCCCAUUUCCUUUGCUUCACUUUAUUAAUUAUGUUGCCGAUUUACAUUGUUCUUCACAAAAUCAAGAUGUUUCUUCUUCUACUACUCCCUGUGUAGUUCAUUGUAGUGCGGGUAUUGGAAGAUCCGGUUCAUUUAUUUUGGUGGACUCUUUGAGAAGACAUUUGCUUUGUUGUGACCGUAUUGAUGUUAGCGAACAAUUAAAAAGGAUGAGAAAACAAAGAAUUCAAUUAGUCCAAACACUUGAACAAUUUGUAUUUUGCCAUGAGGUUCUUAAACAUUUGGUAUCGAAUGGGAUUACUCGACAACCUCGAACACAUUUUCCCAAUUAUUGCCAAUUUUUAUUUACCAAAUUAACACCAAAUGGACAAAGAAGAAUUUCAGCACAAGCCCAGACUCUAAUAUGCAACAAACACAUUGGGAAAGAAUUAAACAAUAAUAAUAACAACAAUAUUUUCCCAAAUUUUAUUCCACUUGCUGGAUAUCAUAAAAAUGAGGAAUUUAUUAUUUUAAAUAAUAAUUUUAAAAAUUGGCAAGAUGACGUUUGGCAAAAAAUUUGGAUGGCCAAGUGCAGGUCAUUAAUUGUUCUGGAUUCGAAUAAUAUAGACUCGACAACUUCAAUAGACCAAUCCUUCAAUUUAUCAGAAUUACUUAACAUCCAUCAAGAAGGGGGAGAAAAUCAGCAACACCAAAAACAAUUUUUAAUUAAAUUUGAUUCCAAAAAAGAAGAAAUUUUAUUAAAAUUAAAUGGAGAAGAUAAAGAAGAAGGACCCUGUUUAAUUUUAAAAAUUUCAAGAAUUUUUGUUUCAAAAUUUUUAAAUAAUCCUUGGAUGGAAAUUGAAAAUUUACAAUUAAAAUUAAAAAAUCAACAUAGAGAAACUUUGGCUAUUGUGGAAUUGCCUUCAAGGGAAAGACCUAGCAGCAAUACUUCUUCUACUCCUUUUCUUUUUUGCGCAUUUCAAUCAAUUGCUUGUCAACUUGAACAGGAGGACGCCGUGGAUGUUCUACUAUGGCUUGCUUCAUACAAACAUGCCUAUUGUUGUUGUUGGUCAAAUCUGCGUGAAAUUGAAAUGAUAUAUCAAAGGGUUUUGGAACUUGUAGAAUUACAACAAACUUUUUGUUAA